GUUAUUAAGAUGCUUCGGACUGCUGCACGCACGCUUUCCCGGAGAGUGUUCCGACAAACUCUGAGGGAUUUCUGCGAGAAGGUGCCGAGGAACCUUCGGGUUUCUGAGGCAAUUUCAGGAGCUGGAUUGGGAAAAAACGUCCAAAUUCAGGGAUGGGUUCGUUCCGUCCGAGCUCAGAAGGCAAAUUUGUUCGUGGACGUCAACGAUGGCAGCUGCCUGCAGUCGCUGCAGAUUGUCGCCAGUCCAGAAUACAAUGACCCGCAGCUGACAUUCGGAAGCGCAGUUGAGAUUUGUGGAGUUUUGAAGAAAAGUCUGCACCCCAAACAGCCUGUGGAGCUGGAAGCCGAGCACAUUCACGUGGUUGGAGAAUGUAACCCUUUGGAUUUCCCGUUUAAAAUCAAAGAGCGCCACAAACUGGAGUACAUCCGCCAGUUCCCACACCUCCGCGGCAGAACAAACGCCUUCAGCUCCUUGCUGAGGAUACGCAGCGAGGCCGCUUGGGCCGUUCACUCGUUUUUCAAGGAAAAUGGUUUUGUGCAAAUUCACACGCCGAUCAUCACCUCCAACGACUGCGAGGGGGCAGGAGAGCUCUUUCAGAUUGAGGCUUCUUGUCCACAAAACAGCGAGGACGACAACUUCUUCUCGGUUCCGGCUUACUUGACCGUGUCUGGUCAGCUCCACUUGGAGGUCAUGGCAGGGUCAUUUUCCAGAGUCUACACUUUCGGGCCGACCUUUCGCGCUGAAAACUCCCAGAGCCGACGCCACCUGGCCGAGUUUUUCAUGGUGGAGGCGGAGCUGGCAUUUACGCGGUCUAUAGAGGAUCUCACUAAGGUCAUGGAGGACAUGUUCAGACGGACCACCGAGCACGUGUUGGACCGCUGCCCUCAAGACGUGGACUUAUUUCAUAAGCACGUGACACCAGGACACAGGGAUGCAGUGGAAACCAUGUUGAAGGACAAAUUUCAUGUGGUGACCUACAGUGAGGCUAUAAAUAUCCUUAAGCAAAGCUCUCAGGCGUUCGCCUUCCCAACCAACUGGGGUUGCGACCUCCAAACGGAGCAUGAGAAGUACCUGGUGAAACAUUGCGGAAUGCGUCCACUCUUUGUAGUCGAUUAUCCCUACCAGCUCAAGCCGUUUUAUUCCAGAGAUAACCAAGACAGUCCCCUUCAUACGGCGGCCGCUGUGGAUCUUCUGGUGCCUGGUGUUGGGGAGCUGUGUGGGGGCUCGCUAAGGGAAGAGAGGCUGGACCUCCUAAAAGCUCGCUUGGAAGAAGUCGGAUUAGAAGACACCUACAGUUGGUAUUUGGAUUUGAGGCGUUUUGGCUCCGUUCCACACGGCGGCUUUGGAAUGGGAUUUGAACGAUACCUGCAGUGCAUUCUGGGAGUGGACAACAUCAAAGACGUGAUUCCCUUCCCUCGAUUUGCAUAUUCUUGUCUGCUGUAA